AUGAUGACUUAUGUUCUUUACAGUCCCGACGGCGCAAUUGAUGAAUUAUUCAACUCGAGCACUAGUGUCACAAGACAGCAAUGUGAUAAACACGCUACUGCUCGCGCUGGUUGUGAGCCCACUGCUUUACAGAUGCAAGGAAUGUGCAGCUAUACCGUGACAGCGGGACCCAACAAGUCUAAGCUCUUCCAGUUUCGAGAUGAGCAUUCUACCAUUGAUAUGGGAAACAUUUCUCUUGCAAAAGCAAUCCAUCCGGAAUUUGUGGCUAGCUGCAAGUGUCUUGGUACCCUGGGCGAUUCACGGCCAGUAUUUAUCUACGAGAUGGAUCAUCUUCCCGGAAUCGCUCAUAUAAUGGCGCGCAUUUCUCCAGACGACAUAGCCCAGCAGAGUAACACUAUCAAGGACUUUGUAGGGGUACGCUGA